CCCCAGACCAGUCAAGUCUUUCCUAGGCCCCUGUGCAGAGAGGAAAGGUUCCUGGAGUCUCAGGAAUUCCUGGGAAAUAGCACUUAGCUAUCAGGGCCCUUACUGUUCUGGAGAGGGGUUCGCAGGUGACGCCCGUGGUUUGUGUGUCAGCAAGAGCUAGGGCAGACGGGGACUGAGGAAGAGAAGUGGAGGUAGACAUCCGGACCGUCGAGGCUGGGAAGCAUCUGAGGAGCCUUCUGUUCCACUCACCUCGAUCCAAGAUGAUGAAACUGAGCCCACAAAAGACCCAAUGACGCGUUUACGGCCAUAUAAGAACAUAGCUGUUGAAAACGACGUAAAAAUAAACAAAGACAAUCUUACUGAUCUUUAUGUCCAGCAUGCAAUACCAUUGCCUCAGAGAGAAUUGCCAAAGAAUAGAUGGGGGAAAAUGAUGGAAAAGAAAAGAGAACAACAUGAGAUAAAAAAUGAGCCUAAAAGGGGGAGCACUGUGGAUGGGCUAAGGAAAAGACCCCUCAUUGUAUUUGAUGGAAGCUCAACCAGUACAAGCAUAAAAGUAAAGAGGACAGAGAAUGGAGACAACGAUCGUCUCAAGCCUCCCCCUCAAGCAAGCACUGCCAGUAACUCCUUUCAAAAAUUACCAAAUUCAUCAAGUGUCUCGCCCCUAAUUUUGUCAGGCACUUUGCUUACAAAUGAUAAAACAAAACACAAUAAUAAUGACACUAAACAGAACCAUGACUUAAUGCAUAGGAAAAGUCCACCGGGCACUGUGAAGUCACCACCCUUGUCCCCUGUUGGAACUACUCCUGUGAAGUUAAAGCGUGCUGCUCCUAAAGAGGAUGCGGAAGCCCUGAAUAACCUGAAGCCACCGGAAGCGAAGAGGAAGAUACAGCAUGUUACAUGGCCCUGAGGGAAGGUUUCCAGAAAUGUAAAUACCACUGUAACUAGAUUUCAGAUAAGUUCUUGUAUACUGACAGUACAGAGAUGCUGAUUAUUGUUGGAUUUUCUGAAGAAUUUUAAAAUGGUUAAAAACAGUGUCAUUCCUCCUCUCCUUUC